AUGAAGGUUAUCACGAAAGAAGAGGAGGCGGCGCAUUACAAUGCGACAGUGAAAGGCGGCGUAUUCGGAAUGGCCUUGGGCACAGCAGUCGGUGGACUUGGUGUAUUCGCUGCAUCGAAGAGAUUCCACGGCUUCCGCCAGCUCACCGUUCCCUUCCGAGCUUUCCUGGUAGCUUCAUCCGGCACAUUUACCGGUAUCAUCUCCGCCGACCGCGCCUCACGGUCCUGGGACAUCGCCCACAACGCCGACAAGCGCCGCUGGGAGCAAGAAGUCGCCGAGCACCACCGCAUGCUCGAAGCCAACAAGACGCGCGGCGAGCGCCUGACAGACUGGGCGACCGAGAACCGCUACCCCAUCAUCUUCGGCUCAUGGGUGGCGUCGAUGGGCACGUCGUGGGCCAUUGUCAGCCGAAACAAAUACCUGACCGGCGCGCAGAAGCUCGUGCAGGCGCGUGUGAUUGCGCAGGGCCUGACCGUUGCGGUGCUGCUCAUCAGCUUUGCAUUCGAGUCGAGUGAUAAGAGCAAGGGCAAGGGCAGAUGGGAGACGGUCAAGGUGCUGGAUCCGAACGACCCGACGCACAAGCAUCUGAUUGAGAAGCGGAUACAUCACGAGCGGUACGAGGGCGAGGACCAGUGGAAAGAAAUGGUUGAAGCGGAAGAGGAGAGGAUAAAUGAGAGAAAACGAGCUAUUAAAGAAAAGGAGGAGGCGGAUGCGAAAGCUAGGGAGUCGAAGCAACCGAAGAAAGAGAAUGUCACGGCUUGA